AUUUUUUUUAAAUAUUAACAUAAAAUCUAUAUAGUCUUGUAAUUGAAAGUGUUAUUUUCUAUUAGGUUAUAUUUAUGUAGAAUAUAACAAAAAUAUGGUCUUUCUUCAAUCUUAACCAAUUUAGUAUAUUAUAAUUUUCGGUUUAUUAGUGUUUUUUUUAUGUGAAACAUCAGUUAGUAAUUAAAAUUAAAUGAAAUAUUACUAGAGGUAAUACAGAAACAGUGGACUCAAUGGAUUUGUUAAAAGACAGUGCUGCAGCAAAUGAAACAUCUGACGAUGAAUUAAAAACAUCAUCGGCUCAAGGAACUAAUAAAGAAAUCAAAAAUAUGACAGGAAAAGAAAUUAUUGAAAAUAUAUCUUUAGCACAAAACAACUUAGACAGUCUUCCUAAUGGAUUUAUUGAGUACAUAUCAAAACUUGUUGAUCUAGAUUUGAGCAAUAGUUGCCUUCGUUCUUUACCAAAAUCUUUUAACAUGUUAAAGGGACUGGUAUCUUUAAAUUUAAAUAAUAAUCAAUUUUCAUCAAUCCCAAAUGUAAUUUGUGAAUUAUAUAAUCUUGAGAAAUUAUGGGCUUCUGGAAAUAAAAUCAAAUAUCUUCCAUAUAAUUUAGGAAAUUUAUCAAAAUUAGAGACUUUGUCUUUAAAUGCAAAUCAAUUAAAGGAUCUUCCAAAUUCAUAUGCAAAAUUAAAUCAAUUAAAAGUUUGUCGUCUCAGCACCAAUAAAUUUAAAAAGAUUCCAAAUUGUGUAGCCAGAGGAAUGGAAAGUUUGCAAAUCCUUGAGUUCUCACAAAAUAAUCAUGUAAACUUAGAUGUCUAUCCCAAGAGUACUAAUUUAACCACAUUUUACGCAGAAGAAAAUGAUAUCUGUCCAUCAUUUCCAAACUGGAUAUUGAGCUCCAGCUACAAGAAGCUUGAAACAGUGUCACUGAAUAAAACAAGGUUUGAAACGUUCCAUCAGCCAACAAGGACAUCCAUAUGCUAUGUUAAAAAAUUAUUUAUGAAACAGUGCGAUCUCAAUAACAAGAAUAUUGAAUUCAUAAUCACUGGAAUGAUAGAUCUUGAAGAGUUAGUACUUGGAAAUAAAAAGGUGCUUUACCAAAAUUAUUUCCAAAUUAUGCCCAUUAAUAAAAAAGAAAGACCAUGUAGUCUUAAAGAACUUGACAUACAGAACACAGGGCUUCCACAAGUACCCAAAACAAUACAAAAAUUUGUUAAUCUAAUUAACUUAAACUUAAGCUGUAAUAAUAUUUUCUUCUUACCUAAAGAAAUUUGCACUUUGAGGAAUUUGAUUACAUUAAUAAUAGACAACAACCACUUGACAACUCUUCCUAAGAAUUUUGGAAAAUUAACAUCCUUAAAAGAGUUAAAACUAUGUCACAAUAAAUUGGUUAAAUUACCUUUGAAUAUGAAAUCAUUGCACAAUCUGGAAUAUAUAGAUCUGUACGAUAAUGAAUUUGAAAUAAUACCAAUAGUAGUACUGUUCUUUCGAAAUUUGAAAGGAUUGGACCUAGAACAAAAUUACUUCCCAACUGAACGUAUACAAAGUAGGUUUCCUCGUUACAAAAAGAUGAAAGCAGUUUUAAGAAAUUAUUGGAUGGAGUCCAUACUUGGUAGUAGAUCCCUCACCGGACACAAAGUGAAGAUAUUUAUGCAUAAUUCAAAUAUCUUGUCAUUGCCGAGCUCUUCUGAUAGUGAUUCAGAGAAUUCUUGGUUCUCAAUAGACGAUAUAUAUAAUAAACGUUGGGAUACUUCAGAAGAUUCGGCCGACGAAUUUGAUCCCCACGAAUGUAAAAAACCAAAGCAACGAUAUUAUCCCCCGUUUACGUUUUAUCAACCAUAUCAAGAAAUAUAUCGUCCUGCAGACUUUCACGAAAGCAGAGUUCAGACACGAGUUACAAAGAUGUUAGAAAGUGGAGCUAUAGCUAAACAAUCAAGCUAUGAGGAAGGUCAAUUCGAAGAUGCUUGAAUUAAAAUAGUGGAACAGCAUUUGAUUUAGCGAUUAUACUUUUAAGUUCUUUUUAAGUUAUACGUUUCUAAUAUUAUAAAAUAUUUUAAAUUAAGAGAAUAUAGAAUAAUCAAAUAUCUUCGAAGUUAAAUAUGUUUAACAGGAUAACCCUGUCAUAGAGGAUACUUUCAAAGUGUUAAAUAGCUUACUGUGAGAGGAAAGAAAUUUUAGUAAUUGAUUCAUUGACUUUCUUUUAUUCUUAUGUUUCAUCAUUUAAUUACUAGCAUAAUCUUACUUCAAUUACAGAAAAACAAAUGAGGCUGUUACUGUGAUCUCUAGACUAAGUAAAUAAUUAAUUAAAUUGCAUUUUUAUAUAAUUGCAAUAAUUCACAAAAUUACAUUUUCAUGCAAUUUUACAGAAUUAAUUCCGUAAUUAAUAAACAAUAAUUUUUGCUAAUUAAAAAAUAAGCUUAUUUGAAUAAAUAAUUUUAUAACUAUUUUUAAUCAAUCAAAUUAAUUUUAAUUUAAACACGAAAAUUCAAAUAUAAGAAAACAGUUAAUGUAAUUUGAAUGAACCAACAUUUAAUUUCAUGAUAUUUGAUUAAUAAGAAAGAUAAUAAUAAUAAUAGUCACACUGCAAUUUUUAAAUAAGUAUGUCUACUUGAGAGAGAAAUUGAAAAAUAUUUUUAUUUCUAAUUACGUUUCACAAUGCGACAAACAUAAUUUGUAGAAAUAGAGAUCAGUGAGUAAUUUUUAUCUAUUCUUAUAAACUUAUCCAUUAACAUAAAAUAAUCAGUUUUUUUAAAGGCAUUUAAUGUUACCAAAUAUUAGUUACUAAUAUGCAAUUCAUAUGUAUUAUUCUUGUUCUUGUUUAGUUUAUAAGAUAUACAAUUUUCCUUUAGUACAGUACAAUAUAGUACAGUACAUUGUUCAAUACAGUUCCUAUGUUGUGCAGUAUUAUUUUCAAUUCUAAUAACAGAUAUAUUCUAUUCAUAUAUUGAUAUAUGCAGUAUAGAGAUUAAUAUUAAUAAACAUUUAUUUCUUUGUAAAUAGUUUUGAUGUCAAUAUUGAAAUAUGAUAUCUAGCUUUAUUUUCGCAUAGUUAAAAGAUUAUAAGUGAUAUACUUUAUGAUCGAAUUUUUAUAACUAACAAUUUUUCUAGACGAAUGUAUAAAACUAAGAGCUCUAAAUACAUGUCCGUAAAAAUUAAAUUUACUACUAUCCAAAAAAUAUAAUGUACAAACCAUGAUAUUGCAUAAUUUUGAAAAUAAAAUAAAGGAAAUGAGAAACACGUGUAUGUACAACUAAUAACGAAUACAUUUCUUGCAAAAUAAAUCUAUUUUUCAUAAUGUAUUUGCUCACCAACCGUAAUUUGUAGUGAAAUUUAUUUAAAUGAAUACGAAAUAAAUUUUCCUGAAUAUA